ACUAAAGCAGACACUGGCUUGAUUCAGUUGUGCCGGCCAAGGGACAACAUGAGGCUUUUUAUCCUGGUUGCCGUCUUCGGGCUGGGUCUGGCCCAGCACAACCCCCACAUCAAGCAUGGCAGGACAACCAUUGUCCACCUGUUUGAAUGGCGCUGGGCCGACAUCGCUGAGGAGUGCGAGCGCUUCUUAGCCCCCAAUGGCUUCGGUGGAGUUCAGAUCUCUCCUCCCAGUGAGAACAUUGUGCUGAGCAGCCCCUGGAGACCCUGGUGGGAGAGAUACCAGCCUAUCAGCUACAACCUGUGCUCCAGAUCUGGCAACGAGAGCGAGCUGAGAGACAUGAUCACCAGAUGCAACAAAGUCGGGGUCAACAUCUAUGUGGAUGCUGUCAUCAACCACAUGUGUGGAGCCGGCGGUGGAGAAGGUACGCACUCGUCAUGCGGAGGCUGGUUCAGCGCCAGCAGGAAGGAGUUCCCCGGCGUGCCUUACAGCCACUGGGACUUUAAUGACAACAAAUGCAGGACCAGCAGCGGCAAUAUUGAGAACUAUGGGGAUGCCAAUCAGGUGCGUGACUGCCGUCUGGUGAGCCUGCUGGACCUCGCCCUGGAGAAGGACUACGUCAGGGGCAAGGUGGCCGACUACUUGAACAAGCUGAUUGACAUGGGCGUGGCUGGGUUCAGAGUGGACGCCUGCAAGCACAUGUGGCCCGGCGACCUGGACGCCGUCUCCGGCCGUCUGCACAACCUCACCGCCACGUGGUUCCCCAAUGGCUCCAGGCCCUUCAUCUAUCAGGAGGUCAUUGAUCUCGGGGGAGAGCCGAUCACAUCCAGAGAGUACUUCGCUUUGGGAAGGGUGACCGAGUUCAAAUAUGGUGUGAAACUGGGAACGGUCUUCCGCAAAUGGAACGGCGAGAAGCUGUCAUACACCAAGAACUGGGGAGAGGGAUGGGGUUUCAUGCCCAACGACAGCGCCCUGGUCUUCGUUGAUAACCAUGAUAACCAGAGAGGGCACGGUGCGGGCGGUGCCUCCAUUGUCACCUUCUGGGACUCCAGGCUCCUCAAGAUGGCUGUCGGCUACAUGCUGGCCCACCCUUACGGAGUGACCAGGGUUAUGUCUAGCUUCCGCUGGAACCGCAACAUUGUGAACGGAAAGGAUCAGAAUGACUGGAUGGGCCCUCCCAGUUAUGGUAAUGGAUCCACCAAGCCUGUUCCUAUCAACCCUGACCAGACCUGUGGAGAUGGCUGGGUGUGUGAGCACAGAUGGCGUCAGAUCAAAAACAUGGUCAUUUUCCGUAAUGUGGUCAACGGGCAGCCUCACAGCAACUGGUGGGACAACAACGGCAACCAGGUUGCCUUUGGACGUGGGAACCGCGGCUUCAUCGUCUUCAACAACGAUGACUGGGACCUGGAUGUGACUCUGAACACAGGCAUGACCGGUGGCACCUACUGUGACGUUAUUUCUGGCCAGAAGGAUGGAGGCAGAUGCACUGGGAAGCAGAUCCAUGUCGGGGACAGUGGCUACGCUCACUUCAGGAUAAGCAACAUAGACGAGGACCCCUUUGUGGCUAUUCAUGCCGAAUCCAAGCUGUAAACUAUUUUAUGUUAACAUUGUUACUUGAUAUAACUGAGUGCUAUACGUACAUAGUGAUACAUUACCUGUGACUGGACUUGAUGGUGAACAGUAAAGUCACGUUAACUGUAUCUCCUGGUUCAUGCAUCUUUAUCAUUGUGGUAAUUGAAGCAAAUACACAACAGAACUGGCAAUGAGAAUUGAGACGUAUCCCUGCGGUGCCAUGCUACACGUUCAAUUGCAAAGGAAAAAUACAGAAGAGUGCUCCGUGGAAGAAUUUCACACAAAACAUAAUCGUGCUUUCAGUGUGGGGAAAAGUCACAUGACCCAGCUGACUGCUGGUUCAAAGAUAAAGACUUUAGACAGUGCAACAAGAGAGGACACGUACAGAAAAUCUGCAAAUCAAAGCUGCAAUGGGAAGAAGAGACAGGAAUGUAUGUGAGGUCAGUGAAACUGAUUCAAGUGUAGAGUUGUCAUGUCUGGAACUUCACUCUCUCAAAGAGACAGAUCAUAAAAUCAUAUGGGUGACAUCUGGGGUAGUGGGAGUGAAUUAAGAAUGGAGUUCGAUACUGGAUCUGCCCUCUCAAUCAUUUCCCACAAAGACUGUGUGAGGAAAUUUCCAUAUUUUAAACUGAAACCUACCUCAGCGAUGUUAAAAACAUACACAGGUGAGAGAAGAUCUCCUAAGGGAAAAGUGAAAGUGAAACAUGAGAAUGACACAGGUUGGAGUUGUAUGUGCUGCAAAGCGAGGGUGCACUUUUAUUUGGACGUGAAUGGCCGGGAAGUACUCAACUUAACUGAUCGUCAGUGAAGGCAAUGCAGAUCACCUCAAAACAAAGCAGCAGCGCUACAGAUGAACGGUUAACACAGUCACUGACACAGUGUGCACAGGUUUUUCAAAGAUGGAAUAGGUACCUGAAACACAUGAAAGCACAGGUUGUACUCGAGGACAAUGACAAACCCAAGUUUUACAAGGCUCGUCCUAUGCCCUACACCCCUGAACCCCAAUAACCAGAUCCGGCUUGCAAGAGCCAAAUGUCUGGCCCGCGCCGACCCAUUGGCACUAAAUGCAGCUGUCAUAAUGUGAAAUAAAGUGUGCAAU